CCCUCUCUCCAAUUCCACUCCUCCCCCCUCACUUGGUGUCCCUUCCUUUCUGCUUGUCUUCUGUUGAGUCAUUUUGUUUUUGUUUCAGGUCUUUGCGUCCUCACCUCCUGUCUUUAUCUAAAUCUUGUUUUUUUUUACCUUCUGCACAGACUUUCUGAACCAACAGAUUUCUCUAGACAGUCAUUCUUUAACCAUGGCUGACAAAAGUCGUACACCAGUGAAAAGAAAAGAGAAAAAAGAAAAAGUGACCGCUGAAACAAGCAAGGAUGUAAAGGAAGUGAAGAAUGAAGUGAAGAAGGAAGUGAAGAAGGAAUUGAAGAAGGAAGUUAAGAAGGAAGUUAAGAAUGAAGUGAAGAACGAAGCGGAGCAAGGAGAGCGGCCGGUGGAUAACGGAGAUGCCCCGCCAGCCGAAGGGGCAGUAGCUAACGGUGACAAUGAAGAGUUUCAGAUUGAGCCGAUGGAACUACCUCCAUUCGAAAUCAUCCAAGGGGACCGGAUCGAUCCUUUUGCCUUUAAGUUCCAGUAUAAGAACGUGGAAUACUCCUCGGGCCGCAACAAGACCUUCCUGUGUUACCUGGUAGCUGCAGGGGACACAGCUGACGGGCUACUGAGGGGAUAUCUGGAGGAUGAGCAUUCCGGGUCUCAUGCUGAGGAGGCCUUCUUCACACAGUGCCUGCCGCAAUACGACCCUGAAGUCAAAUACACAGUCACCUGGUAUGUGUCGUCCAGUCCAUGCACUGCUUGUGCGGCAAAGAUAGCUGAAGUGUUGAAGGCCAGGAAAAACAUCAAGCUGAGCAUCUUUGCUGCUCGGCUGUUUGAGUGGGAGGAAUCAGAGAUCCAGGCCGGAAUGAGGGACCUGCACGCUGCUGGCUGUAAGCUGAGGGUGAUGAAGCCUCUGGACUUCUCCUACACCUGGGAUACGUUUGUGGAGACCGAGGACCAACCUCUGAACCUGUGGGAGGACUGCAAAGAAAACUAUGAGUAUUACCAGGAGAAGCUGGCUGACAUUCUACAGUGACCACAGAAUCCAGUUUGGACUGUGUGCACCCCCGAUCAUCAUCACCACUUCCUUACAGAUGUUUCAUGUUGAUAUUAUUAUUGUUGUUUACUGGUAGAGAUACAUAUUCACAGUGCAUAUGAAUGUGUGAGAGUAGAACAGCAGUGUGUGUGGGAGUGUGCCGCCUUUGCUUUAGUGUGUUUCUGAAUGCUGUCAUCACACUUCCUGUGCCACGGUGAAAGACACUCCUCACAACAUCUGGCACUAAUCCCUACAUCUGGCUUCAUUUUUAUGGGGCGCUAGACUAUAUCAGCCCGUUCUCAUUCCCAGGGCGUCAAAUGCCGCCACUUUAUCACAGCCAUCGAUACCGCCGCACAAGGCACCCGUUUGGUGCGGGUAUGAAACGCACUGGGCGUUCCGUUAACUACAAAGUAAACCCAUCCGUGGCAACGGGAACCACUGAGGGAAAGUGCCGUGGAGACAUAGUUUAAAGAGUGAAAGAGACACAGGGCAGGCGGGAGGGGAGGUGGAUGGUCUAACCACUGGAGACCGCUGUUUGUGUCCCGUGUUCACAACGUAAAGUCACAUGUUCACCGUACAAACGUCGUAGUUUUUAAGCCCGACCAUGGUGUUUUUCCUAAACCUAACUAAGUUGUUUCAUUGUCUGAACCUAAGCACGCGUUUUUGCUUAAUUCACAACAUUAACCCCGUGUUUACUGCGACAGAAAAGUAACGCCGAGGGGUCUGGCAAAGCGUCAGUAUGUGACGAGUUGGGACGAGAACGUGUUUCCUGCUUGAAGAGGUAAAAGACAAAAAGGAACGUCGGAAUACGUUCAGAUUCAGGAUAUGUCAUUUCUGUAGCAGAUAUAGCUCCUGUAUUCAUGAUCGUAUGCGUGUAGUCCUCCACAUUCAGCAGCUGAGUUUCUGUCAACUCUUACCUCAGUAGUUGAGGAUACAAUCACUUUAGUUAGUAUCUCUCAGCUGGAUUUGGUUUGUGUGUGUGUGUGUGUGUGUGUGUGUGUGAGAGAGAUGGCUGGGUCUGAUACGCAUUGUGUUGAGAUUAGCGCUGUGAGAAAGUGAUGCGAUGAAGACACUACUGAUAUUACACCUUUGGUCCUCUGCUCACCAUUGUCUACACAUUGAGACAGUUAAAUAAAAAAAGUGAAACAUAUCUGUUUAUGUGGCCCGGAUUGACUCAUCUGUUUAGAUCCAAAUACUCUAUAUCUAUAUUUGUCUUCUGCCUCCUUUCUGCUCUGUUCUUUCAGUAAUAAACAGAUUUUAUCAGUC